AAACCAGAGUGAAGAUGUCAGCGCGUGAUGUUUUUGUUGUCCAGCUUGCACAUUUAACAUUCCGACUUUAAAAGAGAGACAUUUACUAGAACAAAUGAGUAAACUGACUGUCAGGUUUAAUGCAUAGUUAGCUGUAAUGCUAAGUCGGCUAGCUUUGGAAUCUUCACUUCAUGCCAGAAAAGGAGCCGAGGCUCGAUGAGUAUCCGAGCGCUAUGGGUGGUCACCCAUGAAAAGGGUGAAGCUGUGAAAGUGCAGUUUUCCAGGCGGUACCCCUCAGUGGAGUUUCGUGCUAAAAUCUUUUCCGGAGCUCACUAUGUGUCAGUUCCUGAAGACUGUGAUAUUUCCCAGCCCCUACUGACUGAACUGGGCCUGGCAGACCCUGACAAGGCCUAUGUGGCUGCAAGGGAUGACUGUUCACGGCAGCAGCGAUCUCCUGCACUGGAGCUUCGUGUUGGUAGCUCAGAUGCGAAAACCCUAUGGCCAGUCCUAACCAUCGUUCAGGGUGGACUAAUCCUUGCCUGUCUCCCGCUGAUUGAAGUCCCACCUGAUCCUCGACCUCCUCUUCCCAGCCUGGCUUCCGUCUCUCAAGGCAUAGCACUGUUAUCUAGCCUACAGGGCUUUCUUUGUGGCACAGCGGGUAAACCACCAGAGCCAGAUGUGCUUUCCUCUCGCUUGGCAACCCUUCCUUCAGUUCUGAUGCGCGUUUGUCCUUUAGGGACCCUUCUGGACACUCUUCCUCAGUCUGGGGCUCUGCCUGCAGCUGUGGCUCCUGGCCCUGGGGGUGCUCAGAAACAGCCCGCAUGGAAAACAGGGAUGCAUCGAGGAAGAGCAGUGGUAAGCGUUGCCCUUACAGAGAUGGUUAGGUCUAUGCAAUAUGGAAACCAGAACAAACAGGAUCUGUGGGAUGUGCAUGGGACAGUAACAUGUAAAUGUGAAGUUGAAGGUGUUCUGCCCAAUGUCACAGUUACCCUGACACUGCCACCCAAUGGCUCACCUCUGCAGGAUAUCCUAGUGCAUCCCUGUGUGACGUCGCUAGAUUCCAGCAUUCUUACAGCUACUAGCGUGGAGGAGAACGACGGCACUGCCUUUUCAGGGCCAUACAAAUUUCCUUUCUCUCCACCUUUGGAGCCUUUCCGCCUCUGUAGUUAUACCUCCCAGGUACCUGUGCCACCUAUUCUUGGUUCCUAUCAUCUCAAGUCAGACGACAACCAACUCAAGCUGCAUGUCGUCCUUAAACUCCACGAGAGUGUCAGAAAUGGAUUUGAAUACUGUGAAGCACAUCUGCCAUUUUUCAACAGAAACCUAAUGAGCAAUGUGGAUAUAAAAGUCACCUCAGGACAGUUAGACGUUUCCAAAGAGAAGAAUCUGCUCAUUUGGUUUCUUGGUCAGAAAUUUCCAAGGUCACGAGAGGUAACUCUGGAAGGUACAAUUAAUUUCUCAGGGCAUCCUCCUGGACCAUCAGACCCGAUGUGUACAGAUCUUACUGCGUAUAUUAAACUUCACUUCCGAGUACCUGAUUUGACUUUAUCUGGAUGCUGCGUGGACCAGCACUCCGUACAAGUGUAUUCCUCAACAAAGCCACGUAUUAUCACAACACGAGAACUGGUGUCCUCUGAAUACUACAUCUGGAACUCUACUGGAGACGCUCCUGUGUCUGCUGGACCUGUGAUGCUGUAGCAAAAAUAAUUACCUACAAUACAGAGACCUAAAUAGCUGAUAAAACAUCAUGUGUGAUUUUUCAUUUUUUAGCUUUUAACCCAUAGGACAAAUGAGUGACUUUGUUAGGUUAGCAAAUAAACAGUGAAUAAACUGUUUAAACUACUUUUGAUAUGAAAUUAAUGUUUAAGAGAUGUGCAGUUAGUUAAAUUGACAUACCAACCCUCUGUAUUUGACACAUUGGGGACUUUUUGUGUUUAAAUAUUAAGUUCAUUUGUAAUUAUUUUUACAGAGUAACAUACCUGCAACGAAUAAAAAUUAUACGAAGCCACUGACUGAAGUAAAAUACAACCCUUUUACACAGA